AUGGCUCCCAUCCCUAGAAGCGUACCUGGGCAAAAUCCUGGUGUUCCUCCAAUUCCGCCCACUCCGGCAAGCACUUCACGCUAUCCUCCACCACGCAAAGAGAAAAUCCAAGGAAGCUACAGUUACAUCCAGUAUCGUCCCGUCUGGACAGACCCAGAUUGGCAAGACGAGGGUAUUACGCGGGAGAAAAUUCGCUCGGGUCCUAAGGCGGGUAAAAAUGUUUUCGAAAUCCAUGAUCCUAUCCUCGAUCGACUACGCCCUGCCCUGCUACCUCGAGAUGCUUUCAGCAACCCUACCAUCUACGCCCAACGAUUCAGUAUCUUUCCUGGUCGGACGGAUGGCCGUUCUAGAACAUCACCCACGCGAGCUGAUAGUCGGAAACUCUUCCCUGCCACCACAAAUAUAAAGACAGGGAAACAAUUGUUCGAUCGCUUUGAGGAAUUGGCCAAGGUUGAUGGGCAGCAUGUAGAUGACUAUAUGGAGGAUGCGAGACCGGAUCUGAAAAACCUGAGUGAAACUGACCAGCAGUAUAUGCAACAAUACGAGGACCUCAUUGUAGACGAGCACUGGCAGAACAUUCUUUUUGGAAGCUUGACCAUGGACGAGAAGAUUCUAGCCGAAGGAUAUCUUGACAUGUGUGACGCCAACUUGAACGAGCUAUCAGGUCCUCUUUAUGAACUAUUCACCCGAGACCACUGGAUAGAUUGUCGUACACUUGGGAAAUCGGAGAGAAAUCCUCGCUUCAUGUAUACACUUAAUGGUCAGCGUGAGGAGUGGGAUCCAAAGAAUAACGACCGUGUGUGGAAUGCACUCCAACCCGCUCUUCAGCUCUCCUCGCGCUUACUCCUAAUGAAUGAAAACUUCAUUUCGGGUCUUCAAGAUAUAACGAAUCGGUUUUGGAUCGAAGACAAGCUGUUUGCUGGUCUUAAAGGGCAGGAUAGAACAAGGAAACUGAAAUUCAUGCACGACCCUAACUUCCGGGGACGAGGAAAACUCGCCGGCGCACAGGAAAUCAAAGACAGUGGUCUUGAUGUUUUGGCACUUUCUAUGGAGGUCCUACGCCAACUUUUCAGGAUCAAAUUGUCGAGUGGAUUUGAUAUGGAUGCAAGGCCAACAAGACAUAUCACCCUGGGCCAGCAAAAUGCACCGUAUUUUUUCAAGCCUGGCAACAAGAUCAUUAUCGACAUCGACGCUGAGCUGGUUUGGCCAUUGCUAGUGGACAAGUACACCGAGAGCGAAAAGCUCAUGGCCAACGUCGUACUUGCAACUACCAUAACCCAUGAGAUGAUGCAUGCAUUUGUUUCUGCCUCCUUCAAGUGGCUAGAUGACCCUGCUUCCUUUGGUGUCACAGAUCCUUAUCAACUCUCGGUCUGCAACGUACUCCAACAAGAGCUUGUAGACUACAAUCACAAUGAUCGAUGGGAUGAGCCUUACUUUGAGGAUGACAUUUACAACGAAGUCGGGCAUGCUUUUGAAGAACAUGUUCUAUCAUGUGGCUAUUGGCCCUUUGUUUUCGGUACUACGAAUACCAAUAGACCUCCACUCCUUCAGACUGCGGGUGGGCUCAUGGCCGCGAUAAUACACAGUGAAGGGGAGGUCAAUGCUGUGCCGAAUCUCAAGGAGCCAAUCGUUCAAUUCUCCAUACUCAGUCACCUCGUACGUUUUAAGGAUGUUAAGAAGUACUUUUCGCAGAAUUUCUGGGAUGUUUCAGUCGAGAGAUUCGGCUCGGCUGCUUUGAGAGAACCGUCGAAGAAGCCUCACAAGUUCAACUUCUAUCCUGCGGACCAAGAUUAUGAUGGAAUGGUCAUCGAUCAACUCCAAAUCAGCGCCGAGAAUGCAGAGUGGCUCAAGAAGUUCAGAAUUACCCUGAUUGCCAAGAAGCAGUUUAUCUUGAAGAAUUAUCUUCAUAACCUCAUGACCGAAACGGCUCAGUAUGAUUCGAUGACAACUCGACUCAACCGCGCGGCGAUGAGAUGGAUUGAUGAGGGUCCUUAUAUUAAGACUGGCAGGGAGGUCCACAUGAUCAUCUGCGAGUACUCAAUGUACUUUGCCCAAAUCCAUAUGCCCAACGUCGGGGCAGAUAGUUUUGAGUUUCUCUUACUCUUCACGGCCUGGGACAACACACGACAAAAAAUGGGGUCGAUGCCUGAUUUCUAUUCUGAACAACUCUACCAAAUGUCGACAUCCUUCCUUAAUGACCAAGAACAUUGGCAGCAAAUGCUACAGUCGGGAAGCAUCGAGAGCUUCGAAUUACGUCUGAUACCAAGGCUCAUAGACUUCACAUGUGCCAUUGAAACAGAACUCGCACACCAUGAAACGUUGCUCUGCGAGUUGUACCAAGGUGGAAGCCAACUUUGGAAUCUCUGGUUUCAAAACGAACCUGAUGACGUCGAAAGAUGGAGAAAGCACGUCAAAGAAAUGCAGGACGUCUUGAACGACAUUGGUACGGCUGCGUCGAUGAUUCUGGAGGGGAUGAAGGCCCUUGGAGAAGGGUAUUGGGGUCAACGAAUAUGGACGCUCGGUCGGAGGGUCGAAGACUUGGUCAAGCUGCUGUCCUUUAGACCUAGCCAGUACGACUGGCGUGAUCUAACGUGGACAUUGCCCAUGAUACGCAAGUCACGUCGUCUGCCACAUCAAAGAUACUAUUUCCUCGCCAAGAAGGAGAUGAUGAGAAUGACAGGAACUGAUCUGGCCAUACUCAAGGAAUUCAAAAGACGCUUCGAAUCAGACCUCUCACUUGGGGCAUAUAAAAUGCCCCUCCCAGGAACGGUGGACCCGGACACGUUGAGCAUCGCUCAGCGAUUGUCUGGGACUCUGGAUGACGAUCACAGGAACGCUCGGGCUCAACAGAUCAAGGGUCCAUCUACAGGAAUAUUCGAUGUCCCUUUGGUGAAAGAGCUGGCUAGUCGACUUACUCAGGAUGAGAAAGAAGCUCAAGAGGCCAAGAUCAACCGUGCCGCCCAAAACUGGCAAAAAAAUGCUGGUUUUAAGACUCUGCAAGGACAUGCGGCCGCGCAGGCUUAUAGCACGUCCAACAUUCUACCCAAGUUUCAGCAAAUGGAGAUGGAAACCCAGCCAGCUCCAUUAUCUGGAUUCAAGUCUUUCAAUGGCAGUAACGGCCCAUUUUCAGCUUACUCCUCAGGAACUGGCGGCUUUCCUACGCACCAGCCCGACCAACCUUCGGCAUGGGUGGCGAACUCUGCAAUCGAUAUGGCAACCUGGGUGAAUAAACCAUUGGGCGGUGCUACGGUAACCGCGCAUGGAAUCAUGCCCCAUCCCUAUGCCGUUCGCGCGACAGUCACGGAAGAUCUUCUAAACACAGCCUCAUUCUCCCUUCCUACGAGAGACCCCUCAACAUUCGUCAGCAAGUAUCCCCGAGAGAGCGUAGUACCAACUGAAACCCCCCUUGGAGCUGGUGUUCUUGGAGAUAUGGAUGAGCGGUUGAACAAGGGCUCUGAUUCUGGCUCUGAUUCUGACUCUGACGUUGAGAUGGCUGACGCUGAAAUGGGCGGUCAUGCGGGCCGAGCCAGUGCAGUGCCAGAGUUUGGCUACAGCACUAGCGAUACUGAUACCUCAGAAGACGAAGAUUCACUGUCUAGGGAAGGUAGUGAAACUACUGUGAGCUGGUCCUCAGACAGCGAGAGUGACAAGUUUCCUGCGUCCAAAAAAGGAGAGAAACGGUCGGACUUAAAGCGCAAAUCAAGCUGGACAGCUAUUCACACAAGAAAGAAGAGAGUCGGGUUUUCAGUGACUAAGAGUCGAAGUCAAAAGUUUAAACCAAAGAAGGACACUGAUUACAGGAAACGAAGGGAAGAAUCUUGGGGUUGGAGGAAGAUGUUGUCGGGAUUAUCUGGUGCUUGA